GGCGGGCGAUGACGCGCGCGGACGAUGGGGCAGGCGCUGUGCGUCUGCUCCCGCGGCACCGUCAGCCUGGGGGGUGCGCGGUACCUCCUGCUGCAGCGCCUGGCCGAGGGGGGCUUCAGCUACGUGGACCUGGUGGAGGGGCUGCGGGACGGGCGCUUCUACGCGCUGAAGCGCAUCCUGUGCCACGACAAGGAGGACCGGCAGGCCGCCCUGCGCGAGGUGGAGAUGCACAACCUCUUCCAGCACCCCAACAUCCUGCGCCUGGAGGCCCACUGCAUGGUGGAGAAGGGUGCCAAGCACGAGGCCUGGCUGCUCCUGCCCUACGUGAAGGGGGGGACCCUAUGGAGCGAGGUGGAAGCGCUGCGGGAGAAAGGGACCUUCAUGCCGGAGCAGCGCAUCCUUCUCAUCCUCCGUGGCAUCUGCAGUGGGCUGCAGGCCAUCCACGGCAAGGGCUACGCGCACAGGGACCUCAAGCCCACCAACGUGCUGCUGGAUGAGGACGACCAGCCUAUCCUGAUGGACCUGGGCUCCAUGAACCGGGCCCGCAUGGAAGUCACCAACUCUCGGGAGGCCAUGGCUGUGCAGGACUGGGCCGCCCAGCGCUGCACCAUCUCCUACCGUGCCCCCGAGCUCUUCACCGUGCCCAGCCAGUGCAUCAUCGAUGAGCGCACGGAUAUUUGGUCCCUAGGCUGCGUGCUGUACUGCAUGAUGUUCGGGGAGGGCCCCUUCGACGCCAUCUUCCAGAAGGGUGACAGCGUGGCGCUAGCAGUGCAGAACCCCAUCGCCAUCCCCACAACUUCCAGGUACUCAGCCGCCUUGCACCGCCUGCUCUUCUCCAUGAUGACAGUGAACCCCCAGGAGCGGCCCAGCAUCGAGGACAUCCUACAGCAGCUGGAGGGGCUGCAGGCUACGCCGGCCGGCCAGGUCACCACGAGUAUCUGAGCGUGGCCCAUCACCGGCCUCGGCUGUGCCGGGCUGCCCUGGGCCUGCUUCCCCUUGGGGCUGCUCCUGAGGGGAUUUCUGUGCCCCAGGGAGAGCUGCUCCAUGCCGGAGGUGUUUUGGAGUCAGACUUUGCCGUUUGGGGGUGUGCGGUGUGGUGGUUUGUACCCUGAACGCUGCCGCUGGGGCCUGUGCGACCACUGGGGUCUGCACGGCUGCUGGGGCCCAACGGCCCAGCACCAGGCUGCAGGACUGGCACACAUGCCCCGCUGCUGAGGGCAAGGCCUCACUGCCUGCUCCGAGCCCACGGGGCGGCAGGUCUCUCCUGCCCCGGGGUAUGGCUGCGGCCAGGCCCGGCCGUGUGCUGCUGGAGCGAGGCAGGGGCAGGCGGGGCUCGGCACCCACUGCCCUGGCACCUACGUUGCCUUGUGUUUUGAAUAAAGGUGUUCUUGCA